AAUCAAAACCCAUCACCACACCACUCUUUCAAAAUCCCUCAUCAGUUAUCAUCACGCAUUCCAUCUCUAUUUCCUCAAAAAAUGGCACCAAAGGCGGAGAAAAAACCAGCUGCCGAGAAAAAACCGGUCGCCGAGAAAGCCCCAAAACCCAAAGCCGAGAAGAAGAUUCCGGCGAAAGACGCUUCAUCUGCAGACAAGAAGAAAAAGAGGCACAAGAAAUCGGUGGAGACGUACAAGAUCUACAUCUUCAAGGUCCUCAAACAGGUCCAUCCCGAUAUCGGGAUCUCCAGCAAGGCCAUGGGGAUCAUGAACUCUUUCAUCAACGACAUCUUCGAGAAGCUCGCCCAGGAGGCCGCCAAGCUCGCCAGGUACAACAAGAAGAACACCCUUUCUUCCCGUGAGAUCCAGACCGCCGUCAGACUCGUUCUCCCCGGUGAAUUGGCGAAACACGCCGUCUCCGAGGGCACCAAGGCCGUCACCAAGUUUACCAGCGGUUAGAUGAAGGUUUUAUAAGUUUCAAUUAUGUUAGAUUAGAAUUUAGAAUUCCUUAAAAAUGUCUUUUGUAAUAUCCUGCUAUUAUUGGAAAUCUGGUAUGAUAAAUGGAACAGUUUGUCCGUA